UUUGCAGAUAUUCGCGUUAAAUAAACAUAGAGAUUGCAAAAUAAAUAGUCAGUGAUCUGUUCACCAGGAUACAGACUACAAGGCACCAGUUUGAAAACACCAAGACAGACAUUUGAAGAAUGGAAACCCAUCAGGUAGCGCCAACGAUAAUCGUCCCCACCCUGUGCCCCCAAUUUAAUCAGAGCUUCGGAAAUUAUGACGUAUCAGCCGUUACCAAGCAACAACUGCUCCACCCGGUUCUCUCCGGGCAGCACUUACUACUACCAUCUAGCGGCGGACCGCUGUUAAUCCAAAUGCACCAGGUGCUACCUUACCUACCUCAAGACACCGGUGUUCAACCCACCCAAUAUCCCGACGUACUUCCCCACCCUACCGUCAUGUUUCCCCCGGGAAUUCCCCCAAUGCGAUGCCUUGCUUCAGUCAAUCCCGGACUUUUAAAAACUUCAAAUAUUCCAGACUUGUCAAAUAUGACUCAAAACGCGCUACACCAUGACGUCACAAUAGCACAAACAAUUCACAGAACGCAAAGAAAAAAGAAGAUUUCGCCUUCCGCGAAACGACGAAGCAGGCUUCGUCUCAUUGCUUUUCUUGAAUCAAAGAAAGAAAAAGAAUUGGAAGAAGUUUCAAUGAAGAAAGUUGAAAGCACUGAAGGGGAGAUAGGACAUCCUCCAAAUGGCAGCAACGGUGACGUUAUUGACACAAAUAUCCUUACGACCAGUGACGUCACAAGUUCCGAAGUGACGUCAUUACCACAUGACGACCCCGAAAUGGUUGACAGCACGCCAGCAAGAGGGGCAACUCCAACUUAAAAACUUUUUAUUUAUUUCGCUUUUCUUUCUGUGAUUACUUUGCGUCGCUGUAGAUUUUAAAUGAAAUCUUCAUUUCAAUAAAAUAUUAGUUAUACUCAGUUUA